UGCACCUCGGGGACCAGGAAACGGGAAAGAUGGCGACUGCUCGGUAACGUUGAGGCCGCGUUAGGCGGUUCGGACCCAGGGUGGUCUCGGAUGCUCUCUGUUCUGACAGCUCCCUGUGAGCAAGAUUUCCUUCGUAGCGCACAACAUUGAUCCUUGCAUGCAGAGAUACUUGAUGAGUAUCUUGCUGAAGGAAAAGCACCUGCCCGGUAGGAACAGAGGAGAGACUGCAAGAUGGCAGGAGAGCUGGCGGACAAAAAGGACCGAGACUCAUCGCCUUCCAAGGAGGAAAGGAAGCGAUCACGGACUCCUGACCGAGAGCGGGAGAGAGACCGGGACCGGAAGUCCUCACCAUCUAAAGACAGGAAGCGGCAUCGGUCGAGGGACAGGCGCCGGGGGGGCAGCCGCUCUCGCUCCCGUUCCCGUUCCAAGUCUGUAGAGAGAGAACGGCGGCACAAAGAACGAGAACGGGAUAAGGAACGGGAUCGGAACAAGAAGGACCGAGAUAGAGACAAGGAUGGGCACCGCCGCGACAAGGACCGUAAACGAUCCAGCUUAUCUCCUGGCCGAGGGAAGGAUUUUAAAUCUCGAAAGGACAGAGACUCUAAGAAGGACGAGGAGGAUGAGCACGAUAAGAAGCCAAAGGCCCAGCCACUGUCCUUGGAGGAACUACUGGCCAAGAAAAAGGCUGAGGAGGAAGCCGAAGCUAAGCCCAAGUUCCUCUCCAAAGCAGAACGAGAGGCUGAAGCUUUGAAGCGGCGGCAGCAGGAGGUGGAAGAACGGCAGAAGAUGCUGGAGGAGGAAAGGAAGAAAAGGAAGCAGUUCCAGGACUUGGGCAGGAAGAUGCUGGAAGACCCUCAAGAACGGGAGCGCCGGGAGCGCAGGGAGAGGAUGGAGCGGGAGACUAAUGGCAAUGAGGAUGAGGAGGGGCGCCAGAAGAUCCGGGAGGAGAAGGACAAGAGCAAGGAACUGCACGCUAUUAAGGAGCGUUACCUCGGUGGCAUCAAAAAGCGGCGCCGGACGAGGCAUCUCAAUGACCGGAAGUUUGUGUUUGAGUGGGACGCUUCCGAAGACACAUCCAUUGACUACAACCCUCUGUACAAAGAACGGCACCAGGUGCAGUUGUUAGGGCGAGGCUUCAUUGCAGGCAUUGAUCUAAAGCAGCAGAAACGAGAGCAGUCACGUUUCUAUGGAGACCUAAUGGAGAAGAGGAGAACUUUGGAAGAAAAGGAGCAGGAGGAGGCAAGACUUCGGAAGCUUCGUAAGAAGGAGGCCAAGCAGCGCUGGGACGACCGCCACUGGUCUCAGAAGAAGUUGGACGAGAUGACAGACCGGGACUGGCGGAUCUUCCGUGAGGACUACAGCAUCACCACAAAAGGUGGCAAGAUCCCCAAUCCUAUCCGGUCCUGGAAGGACUCUUCUCUGCCUCCACACAUCCUAGAGGUCAUCGAUAAGUGCGGCUACAAGGAGCCAACACCUAUCCAGCGUCAGGCAAUCCCCAUUGGACUACAGAAUCGUGACAUCAUUGGUGUUGCUGAGACCGGCAGUGGCAAGACGGCAGCCUUCCUCAUCCCACUGCUGGUGUGGAUCACCACGCUUCCCAAAAUUGACAGGAUUGAAGAGUCAGACCAGGGCCCUUAUGCCAUCAUCCUGGCCCCCACCCGCGAGUUGGCUCAGCAGAUUGAGGAGGAGACCAUCAAGUUUGGGAAGCCGCUGGGCAUCCGCACCGUGGCUGUCAUCGGUGGCAUCUCCAGAGAAGACCAGGGCUUCCGUCUGCGCAUGGGUUGUGAGAUUGUGAUUGCCACCCCAGGGCGUCUGAUCGACGUGCUGGAGAACCGCUACUUGGUGCUCAGCCGCUGCACCUAUGUGGUUCUGGAUGAGGCGGACAGGAUGAUAGACAUGGGCUUCGAGCCCGAUGUCCAGAAGAUCCUGGAGCACAUGCCCGUCAGCAACCAGAAGCCAGACACGGAUGAGGCUGAGGACCCUGAAAAGAUGUUGGCUAACUUUGAGUCAGGAAAACAUAAGUACCGACAAACCGUCAUGUUCACGGCCACCAUGCCCCCUGCGGUGGAGCGUCUGGCCAGGAGCUACCUGCGGCGUCCUGCUGUGGUGUACAUUGGCUCUGCUGGCAAGCCUCAUGAACGUGUGGAGCAGAAGGUCUUCCUCAUGUCGGAGUCUGAAAAGAGGAAAAAGCUGCUGGCAAUCUUGGAGCAAGGCUUCGAUCCACCCAUCAUCAUCUUUGUCAACCAGAAGAAGGGUUGUGAUGUGUUGGCUAAAUCCCUGGAGAAGAUGGGGUACAAUGCGUGUACCCUGCACGGUGGAAAAGGCCAGGAACAGCGAGAGUUCGCUCUGUCCAACCUCAAGGCCGGCGCCAAAGAUAUUUUGGUGGCUACAGAUGUGGCUGGUCGUGGUAUCGACAUCCAGGAUGUGUCCAUGGUCGUCAACUACGAUAUGGCCAAAAACAUUGAAGAUUAUAUCCACCGCAUUGGCCGCACAGGACGAGCAGGCAAGAGUGGUGUGGCCAUCACCUUCCUCACCAAGGAGGACUCCGCUGUAUUCUAUGAGCUGAAGCAAGCCAUCCUGGAGAGCCCGGUGUCUUCCUGCCCCCCAGAGCUGGCCAACCAUCCCGAUGCCCAGCACAAGCCGGGCACCAUCCUCACCAAGAAGCGCCGGGAGGAGACCAUCUUCGCCUGACGCAGCACUCCAGGGCCUUUGGGUGUGCUGGCGCUGCGACCCCUGUUCCUCAGGACCCUCGCGUCCCUCUUCAGGUUCUCUCUUGGGUUACCAGGGCUUGGAAAACAGCAAGUCUCCCUGGCCCGGGCCCUUGGAUCUGGAGGCCUGAGUGUGGCACUGCGGAAGGACAGAUGCCAUCUGAGACAAGGACGGCUGUUGCUGGAGUUUGACCCCAGUCUGCCUUUCGGGCGUGGUGUUAAGAUGGCUCCAGGCUCUCAGCUCCUGGCGGGGAAUGGGGCAGCUGGUCCACGCAACCCCAGACUGAUGAACGCAGGCUGCCUGCUGGGCCCUCUGGCGGCACAGGCUGGGCAGCACAAGUGGGAUGCUGCUCCCACACCGCUGGAUCACCCCAGGCGUCGGCACCGCGGGGACUAGACCUUUGACGCUGUCGUUUUGACAGCUGUCUUCCCACUUGGAGUAUAAAACAAGUCCAGAGCCUCGGGGAGUAUGCAGUCCCAAGCCUGAGUGCGGGGCACUCUGGACAUCACUGCCCUGGGGAAGUCUUUAGUGGCUAAGGGCACAGGAUGAGCAGGCUGUGUCUGUCUUGAAGUCACUGAGUGAAAUCUCUGUUUUCUAUUCUCUUGAGAAGAUGAGUUUAUAUGUUGAGAAUAAAUGAUGAAUAUUAAGAUUGUA